GGCUGUGUGGCUGCUGGGCGAACUAAAUGACGUCUCUGCCUUUGCGGGCGGCCGACGCAGGGUUGGGUUUCCAUUUUCAGAGCGAGUUUCGGGGGGGAAUCGUCAACAUGGAGCCGGAGAUGGAGGACAAAACGUUGGAAUUAAUGAACACGGGCAUGGACUCACAGACCCUCGUAGACGACCUGUCGCCAAAGAAGAACACCGUUCUCAAGCUCCCCCAGAUCAGUAACGGGCCGGUGACGGGCUCCCGCAAGCGGCCGUCUGAGGGCAACUAUGACAAGGACAAGGAGCACUGCAUCGUCCUGUUUGACCAGUGGUCGGAGGCAGACCAGGUGGAGUUCGUGGAGCACCUGAUCUCCCGCAUGUGUCACUACCAGCACGGCCACAUCAACUCCUACCUCAAACCCAUGCUGCAGAGGGACUUCAUCACAGCGCUGCCAGCCCAGGGCCUGGACCACAUAGCGGAGAACAUCCUGUCCUUCCUGGACGCCCGCUCGCUGUGCUCUGCGGAGCUGGUGUGUAAGGAGUGGCAGCGGGUCAUCUCGGAGGGCAUGCUCUGGAAGAAGCUGAUCGAACGCAUGGUCCGCACCGACCCCCUGUGGAAGGGGCUGUCCGAGAGACACCAGUGGGAGAAGUACCUCUUCAAAAAUCGCACUACAGAAGUCCCCCCCAACUCGUACUACCACUCCCUAUACCCCAAGAUCAUCCAAGACAUAGAGACCAUCGAGGCGAACUGGCGGUGCGGCAGACACAACCUGCAGAGGAUCCAGUGUCGCUCCGAGAACAGUAAAGGGGUCUACUGCCUGCAGUACGAUGACGACAAGAUCAUCAGCGGCCUUAGGGACAAUUCCAUCAAGAUAUGGGAUAAGCAGUCCCUGGAGUGUCUGAAGAUACUGACGGGACACACGGGUUCCGUCUUGUGCCUACAGUACGACGAGAGGGUCAUCGUAACGGGCUCCUCGGACUCCACCGUCAGGGUGUGGGAGGUGACGUCGGGGGAGGUGCUCAACACGCUCAUCCACCACAACGAGGCGGUGCUUCACCUGCGCUUCGCCAACGGCCUGAUGGUCACGUGCUCCAAGGACCGCUCCAUCGCCGUGUGGGACAUGGCGUCGCCCACCGACAUCAGCCUGCGCCGCGUGCUGGUUGGCCACCGCGCCGCCGUCAACGUGGUUGACUUCGACGACAAGUACAUCGUGUCGGCCUCGGGGGACCGGACCAUCAAGGUGUGGAGCACCAGCACCUGUGAGUUUGUGCGCACCCUCAACGGCCACAAGCGAGGGAUCGCGUGUCUGCAGUACCGGGACCGGCUGGUGGUCAGCGGCUCGUCCGACAACACCAUCAGGUUAUGGGACAUCGAGUGCGGCGCAUGUUUGCGUGUGCUGGAGGGGCACGAAGAGCUGGUGCGCUGCAUCCGCUUUGACAACAAGAGGAUCGUCAGCGGAGCCUACGACGGUAAGAUCAAAGUGUGGGACCUUCAGGCCGCCCUGGACCCCCGCGCCCCGGCCAGCACCCUCUGUCUGCGCACGCUAGUGGAGCACUCGGGCCGUGUGUUCCGCCUGCAGUUUGACGAGUUCCAGAUCAUCAGCAGUUCCCACGACGACACCAUCCUGAUCUGGGACUUCCUGAACGUCUCGACCAACGGACAGUCGGAGGGACGAUCUCCCUCGCGUACCUACACGUACAUCUCUAGAUAGCAGGUGCCACCAGCCAUCGCACCCUUUCUAUGAGGAGCCCUGGGCUGAUUGGCUGACUGGGUGCGUCCGUCGCGGAAAGGAGCUCACCUCCACUUCUCCUUCCUCCUUCUGGUCAUCACUCUGUCCGCCACCCGGCCACCCCCCCCCCCCGACCGCCUCAGCCACCCCCACUGACUUGGGUUGGGGGGCGGGAGGGGGUGGAAUCUUUCCCUUUGCCUGUUUCCAGUUUGCACGCACAAGACACACACACACACACAAACACACACACACUACUUCACACACACCUUUACACACACACACACAACCCGGAGAGCCAACCCCCCCACUCCCC